AUGGAACUAAAAAGAAACAUUAUCACAGAAUUGAAAAAACGCUUCGGUAAAAUCGAGUAUUUCAAUAUGUUUCCCAUAGCUACAAUUUUAGACCCUAGGUUUAAAAAUUUGCAUUUUAGAGAUCCUGUAGCCUGUCAAAAAGCCAUAGCUGAGGUAAAAAAGUUAGCCAAAAAUUCAAGAGAGGAAACAAGCUCAACUGAAUGUUCAAGUAUGGAUGAAGAACAGCAAUGUGAUAAUUUUGAUUUAUGGGGACAUCACAAAACAUUGGUACAUAGGAAGUAUAAAAAAAAACAAACAAGAACAGAUUCAGUAGAAACAACCAAUGUAAAUGCCUAUCUAUCACAACCUUUGAUUUCUUUGAAGGAAGAUCCAAUUCAAUGCUGGGAAGACAUGAAAACAGUAUACCCAGAUUUAUAUGUACUUGCUCGAAAAUUUCUGUCAAUAAUGGGUUCAUCUGUUCCUUCGGAAAGAUUAUUUUCAAAGGCUAGUUUAACGCUUUCUAAGUCAAGGAAUAGACUGUUAGGAAAAAGAUUGAGUAAGUUACUUUUUUUAAACUCCAUUGAUGAUGAUCUUUGGUUCCAUACUCAAUAA